CUCGGGGGUUGCUGGUGAAAUGGGGAUGAAAUGCUAAGUAGAAAGAACCCCUCUUGUCUCGCAUGUAGUAAUUGACGUCUUCUUCAUCUUCUUCUUCAUUCGUGAACUAUCAUUGCUUAUACAAAAAACUCAACACGUAAAGCAAAGCAAAUCAAACAAAUCAAAAUCAGUCAAAAUGGUCAAGGCCGUCGCUGUCGUCCGUGGUGACUCUAAGAUCACCGGUACCAUCACCUUUGAGCAGGCUUCCGAGUCCGCCCCUACCACCGUCUCAUGGGAUAUCACCGGCCACGACGCCAACUCUAAGCGUGGCAUUCACAUUCACACCUUUGGUGACAACACCAACGGCUGCACAUCCGCCGGUCCUCACUUUAACCCUCACAACGCCACUCACGGUGACCGCACUGACGAGACUCGUCACGUUGGUGACUUGGGUAACCUGGAGUACGAUGGCCAGGGUAACGCCAAGGGCUCCGUCGAGGACAAGCUCAUCAAGCUGAUCGGCCCUGAGAGUGUCAUUGGUCGCACUGUCGUCGUUCAUGCCGGCACUGACGAUGUUGGAAAGGGUGGCAACGAGGAGUCGAAGAAGACUGGUAACGCUGGUGCCCGCCCUGCUUGCGGUGUCAUCGGUAUCUCCAACUAAAUAGUCCCUCCGAAAAUAAUAGUCAAAAAGCACGCUUCUGGGACAUGUGGACUGAUAUGAGCUAUGACCUGAUAAGAGCUUUAGCACUGGCGAGCCCAAAAUAGUUUUAAAGGUUUAUAAAUAAACUUUUUGAAAGGAUGCUA